GUUUUUGUGUGAACGGGUUGUCGAUGUCUUGUGACAUCGCCAUCCUUCACAGGGCUCCUUCCCAGCUACUUCACACGUCUUGCCAGCACGCCGCGAGGCGGACGUUCUCACCUCAGGGAUGGUUGCAGACGACUACAAGAAGCUGGUCAUAACUUGCGUUACUUCCACUUCAGCGAGGGCUUUGUACCUCUACUGUUCUGUGCAUCGUCGUAAAGACACCGGUUGAAGGAGCUUUGAGCAAUGGGCUGAGGAAGGCUGCUUCUCCACGACUGAUUUCCUCUUCACAUUAGAGAGCAGGAGUAACUAUGCCAGCGAACAGUGAAAGUAAGAUAUUUGGCUCUCCUCAGGAGCCAUUGUUCAACCAGAAAACUUCUGGUUUGUCGGCGGAACUACUGGAAGACGCUCUCCAUGUCCUUGCCGAGAAUAAUGAGAAGAACAAACUGAAGGCUCCUGUAGGACGCGGAUUAUUCAAGAGUGGUGCUGUGGCAGAGUAUGUUUUCCUGCUAUGUGAGCAUUUGGAGUUGCCGAACGAAGCCCGCUACUUGGCUGUGGAGUUGUUUGACCGCUUCAUGGCCAAGCACGUUGCACAGCUGUAUGAACAUGUGAUGAACUCUGACAAGUAUCCCCAGAAGGAGGAAGGCUGGGCCACAGUAGAAAGCCGGAUUCAGAGACAGUUGACUCUGCGCAUGGCAUCUUGCAUUCAACUGGCGAGUAAAAUGUGCUCCCACUAUAAGAUUGCAGCUGUCAGCAAACUCAGACAAUUCCUUAGGUGCCUUGGGCUUCGAUACGCAGAUGAUGCUCUCUCCAAGUCCGAACUCAGAAUUUUGGAGACACUGGAGUUCACAUUAUCGAUUCCCAGUCCACUGACAUAUGUUGAGACUAUACUAGAAAUUCUUGGCCACAACAGCAAGAAGUGUCGCGUGAAAUUACUUCACGGAACCAGUUUGUUGGUACUAGACAUGAUCUAUCUGAACUUUGAGGACAUUUAUGGCGAGAUCUCUAAGACAAUGGCAGCGGCAGAACAACGUGGCACUCCCAUGGCGAUAACAUCCACACGAUGCCUCCAUAGUGCCAGUGCAUUGCGCUCGGACCUCAUGCUGCUGGCAGUCAUUGUCACUGGCACUGCAGCUGUACUUGUCGAUGUGGAAACAAGCUCUCAUGUGAUGCAACAGAUAGCAUUGAUAACCCAAAUGCCAAAGGAGUCUCUACGUGUCUUAGUCAAGAUACUGCUGAACUGCAUCAUAAAGAGUGACAAAGCACUGGCAGCGACAGCGGCAUCAUAAGCAACUACCAGUCUUCUGUUUACCACUUGUUUUCUGCUUGCUAUGCAAUAUGCUUUUCACACCCAUUGCCCUUCACCUAACUUCCUGGAAACCUAAAAUUAGCCAACUAGAAACUCGCAGGCCCCCGUUAUUCGUUCCAUAUGUUCUUCUAAACUCCAAUAUAUAAAUAGAAUCAAUAUUUAUCUGAAAAGCUGCUCAGACAGGCCCAGUAGAAUGAUUCAACACCCCUCCCACAUUAGUAGUGAUAUCCCAUUUUUCCUCUCCACUUCACAGAUGGCUGUAUUUGGUUUCUUGCCACCGAAUCUGAGCAUAGUGAUUAAAAGAUAGGUAAUUUUAUUAUGAAGAGGCGGUUUUAUAACUUCAAACAUACUUUUACUUACGUCAAAAUGCACAAAAUAGUUUCUUACCUAUUCCUAGUCCGAGCCUGCAGUACAAAGCAGCAGUUGUUUGAAUCACUAUGACAGCAACAUGGCACUUCUAUAUCAUGUUGACGGUUCUUUAUUGCAAGUCAAUCCUUCCAGGUGUGUCGGAAGAACUGACCAUGGGGUCCACCCGUCUCUUGUGCUGCUGCCAAUACAUGUACAAGGCAAAGUCAUUGGGUCCAUGUCCCUCACGUCAUCAUGCCACACUAACUUACUAACUUUGUAUCCCUUGUUCUUGACUUGGCUAUAAGCACUAAGGGGAAUUCCCUCACUAUCCCCUCACAUCACAUAGUGCACUGUGGCACAUGCUGUACGGUUAUGGGCAAACAGAGUGAGGACUGU